UCCUUCAUGGUGUAGUCGGAAAUUGCGUCUAAUUCCGCCUUAAAUAAAUACAUUUAUAUAUAUAUUGAUUUUAUAUUUACUACAAAUAUUGAAGCAACGUAGUAGACUUUGUUCCAUCAGGCUAUUAAACCUGUCCCGUUAUCACACACAUCCCUCCUCUCUCUCACAUCCCUCCUUCCUUCCCCUCUCUCUCUCUCUCUCUCUCUCUCUCUCUCUCUCUCUCUCUCUCUCUCUCUCUCUCUCCCUCAAACACACACACUAUCUCAGACUGAAACAGCAGAAGCAGGGACCCAAGGACGGAGGCACAGAACUUGAAACAACUGAACAAGUUUAGUUCAACUCGGUCUCAUCUGGUUGUGUGCACUUCUCUUCCUGUGUAAAACUGUGCUAGAAAUGGAAAUCUUGAACCAGAGGCUCAACCAACAGUUUGACUCAUGGAUGGGUCCGAGGGAUCCUCGUGUGAGAGGCUGGCUCCUGCUGGACAACUACCUACCCACUCUGUCCUUCACCAUCAUUUACCUCCUGAUCGUGUGGAUGGGGCCAAAGUACAUGAGGAACAGGCAGCCUGUCUCCUGCAGGGGGAUCUUAGUGGUGUACAAUAUGGCGCUCACCCUUCUCUCCCUUUACAUGUUUUAUGAGCUUGUGACUGCUGUGUGGCAAGGCGGCUAUAAUUUCUUUUGCCAAGACACUCACAGCGGAGGAGAGGCCGACAACAGGGUUAUAAACGUGCUGUGGUGGUACUACUUCUCCAAGCUCAUCGAGUUUAUGGAUACCUUCUUCUUCAUCCUGCGCAAAAACAACCACCAGAUCACCUUCCUGCACAUCUACCACCAUUUCACAAUGCUGAACAUCUGGUGGUUCGUCAUGAACUGGGUGCCAUGUGGACACUCCUAUUUUGGUGCCACCUUUAACAGCUUCAUCCAUGUGCUAAUGUAUUCUUACUACGGGCUCUCAGCUAUUCCUGCCAUUCAGCCGUACCUGUGGUGGAAGAAGUAUAUAACCCAAGGACAGCUGGUCCAGUUUGUCCUGACUAUGAUCCAGACAUCCUGCGCUGUGGUGUGGCCCUGCGGUUUCCCAAAGGGUUGGCUGUAUUUCCAGAUCAGUUAUAUGAUCACCCUUAUUAUUCUCUUCUUAAACUUCUACAUACAGACUUAUAAGAAGAAGGGCACUGCAGCAAAAAAGGAUCCCCGGCACAACGGCAUUAAAUCUGUGAACGGCCACUCAAACGGUGCGAGUCAUACAAAUGCUGUAAAGAACAGGAAAGCGAGAACAGACUGAGGACCGGUCUAUUCGUCCAGUUCCACCAUAUGUGUAAUCUUUCUGUGACCGUGCUACCCCAGGCUACACACAGCAGAGCAAGAAGCUAAAUCAAACUAUAUCUAUUUUACUGUUGAUGAGAGUCAUAAAAUUUUGCACACUUUUGUGUCCUACUAUUGUUCAUAUUGAAUUCAAAAGACAAUAUGAGGAAAAUUACACUGAAAUUAAAAUAUAAGUCGUAACAGGA